AUGAAGAUUUCCUCUCUCUUCCUCUCCGCCGCUGGCGCCGUCUCGGCCCUGACCAUUGCCGAGAUCAACGGCAAUAAGUUCCUCUCCCCGUACAAGGACCAGUCCGUGACCAACGUUACCGGCCUGGUGCUUGCCAAGGGUCCCAACGGUGUCUGGAUUCGCUCUACCGAGCCCGAUGACGAUGAUGCUACCUCCGAGGCUGUCUACGUCUUCGGCAGCUCCGUCGGCACCAACUUGGCGGUGGGCGACAUCAUUACUCUUGACGGCAAGAUCCUGGAGUACAGGUCUGCGGCGAAUUACAUUUACCUGACGGAGAUCAGCUCUCCUCAGAACGUCGUCGUGGUGUCCAAGGGUAACAAGGUUACGCCUCUCGUCAUUGGCGUCGACACCUCCAACCCGCCCACCGAACAGUAUACCAGCCUGGAUGGCGGCGAUAUCUAUGGCGUACCCAACGCCGUUGCUAGCAUUUCUACUGUCAACCCGGUCCUCGACCCCAAGCUCUAUGGCUUCGACUUCUGGGAGAGCUUGAGCGGCGAGCUGGUCACAGUCAAGAACCCCAUUGCUGUCACCCGACCUAACCAGUACGGAGACACCUGGGUUCUUGGCGAUUGGCCUGCUACCGGUCGUAACAAGCGCGGCGGUAUCACUAUGACUGCCAAGGACUCUAACCCCGAGGUCAUCGUUAUUGGUUCUCCCCUUGACGGUACCAAGAACCCCGAGUCCAAGAUGGGUGACCAGCUCACCGAGAUUACCGGUGUCGUCACCUACGCCUUCGGCUUCUACCGCAUCCUCCCGCUGACCGCCAUCACCUUCGUUAAGGAGGUCGUCAACGACGCCCCUCCCACCUCCCUCGUCAGCAGAGGUGACUGCAGAGGCAUUACCGUCGGCGCCUACAAUGUCGAGAACCUUGCCCCCACCUCCGCUCACCUUCCUGCCGUUGCCGCCCACAUCAUUGACUACAUGAAGACCCCUGACCUUAUCUUCGUCCAGGAGGUUCAAGAUAACACCGGUCCGACCAACAACGGAGUGGUUUCCUCCAACAUCACUCUGUCUACUCUGACCGCCGCCAUUGAGAGCCAGACCAACGGCAGCGCAGUUUACGACUUCAUCACCAUCGACCCGGUCGACGGCAAGGACGGCGGCCAGCCCGGCGGCAACAUCCGCGUCGCCUACCUCUACAAGCCCGACGUCAUCGAGCUGUGGAAGCCUAACCCUGGCAGCAGCACCGACGCCAAUGAGGUCCUGCCCGGACCCCAGCUCAAGUACAACCCCGGCCGCAUCGAUCCUGCCAACAGCGCAUGGGACGCCAGCCGCAAGCCCCUCGCUGCCGCCUGGCGUGCCGUCAAGGGCCCCCAGAACAAGAUUUUCUUCACCGUCAACGUCCACUGGGCUUCCAAGGGCGGCUCCUCCUCUCUGCACGGUGACCCUCGCCCACCCAGCAAUGGCGGAGUCGACCAGCGCACCCAGCAGGCCGAGAUCACGGGCAACUUCAUCGGCCAGAUCCUCGCCGCGGACCCCAACGCCCGCGUCAUCGCUAGUGGUGACUUCAACGAGUUCACCUUCGUUGAGCCCCUCACCACCUUCACCGCCAAGUCCGGUCUCGUCGACCUCGAUGAAGCCGUUGGCAUCCCCGUCACCGAGCGCUACACCUACGUCUACGACAUGAACGCCCAGCAGCUCGACCACAUGUUCAUCAGCCCUGCUCUGGUCAAGGCUAACCAGACCCGCUAUGAGCACGUUCACAUCAACUCGUGGGAGCUGUACGACAACCUCGUCAGCGACCACGAUCCUUCCGUCGCGCAGUUCAACGUCUGUGGCUGCUAA